AUGCCUCGCCAUUGGAGUGAGACCGUUGACUGGAUCUGGACGCCCAAUUGGGAUGAACGACAUAACGUAGCUCGAAUUGUGCAGUUUCGACGCUCCUUCAGGAUUGAAGAAGUGCCUUCAGAAUGUCGCGUUCAUAUCUCUGCUGACACGCGCUACCGACUCUAUGUCAAUGGACAAAGUGUGUGCUUUGGCCCUGCCAAAAGCCAUCUGGGAGAAUGGAACUACGAAACCAUCGAUAUUGCACCAUUCUGUCGCCCUGGGCGCAACGUCCUUGCUGUGCGAGUUUUGCGCUUCUCUACUUAUUUCCCAGGCAACAUGUCACUCAUUAGAGCUUCCUUGCCUGGCAUGAUUGUCCAUUCUGAUGCAUUGCCCGAACUUGGAAGCACUAGUACGUCAGGUUGGCUUACCAAGAUCGACGAUGCCGUGUCUAUAUCCAGCGCCGAGUCCUGGGAUCCAUCCCUCGGACCCGCGAUGGUCUCUGUCAACGAGCGCGUGGACGGUUCAAAGCGAGACUGGGAGUGGGUUGAGCCGGAAUUUGACGAUUCGACCUGGAUACCUGCCGUGGUCAUGACCAUGAAAGCCCCAAUGAUGCCUAUCCUUGACGAACGACGUUUAGCCCCGCGCUCGAUUCCUUUCCUACCCGAAAUACCUGCCAGAUUCACCGAGGCAGUCAAAUGCGAUUCCGCCGAUACCCCGAUCGAGUCCUGGAAUAAACUUGUGCAAAGUGACGAAUCGUUGACCAUCCAAGCUGCCCGUAAGACUACAGUCGUUCUCGAUGUCUCAACGCUUACAACUGCGUUUUUGGAUUUGCAGAUGCGCGGGGGUGCUGGAGCCAAAAUUCGUAUGCGCUCGGCGGAGUGCUUUGAAAUGCCUCCAAAUUCAGGCAUUCCAAGCCCAUUCGCACGUAAUAAGGGGGACAGAACGGAUGUGUCUGGCAUUCUUGUUGGUCAAGACGAUUUUUACACCUGCGGAUUGGAUACCCCAGAUGAUAAGACUGUUGUAUACGAGCCUUUCUGGUUCCGAACAUUCAGAUACAUUGAACUAGAGGUGGAAACUGCGGCGGCUGCUUUGGAAUUCUCCAAGAUUACAUUCCGUGAAACUCACUAUCCAUUGGAAAGGAAAACGCAAUUCGCCAAAUUCCCCACCGACGAGGAAGCAAAGCUGUGGAACAUCAGCAUCAACACCCUGAAGAACUGCAUGCACGAAACAUACGAAGACUGCCCUUAUUACGAACAGAAUCAAUUUGCCAUGGAUUCCCGAUUACAGAUCCUUUUUACAUACCAUCUAUCGAACGACGACCGGCUUGCGCGGAAAUGCAUGUCAGAAUUCUAUGCCAGCCGUCGCUCCGAUGGACUUAUUGAGACACAUUUCCCUGCCCCCGUACCAGGAACCAACAUUCCCCAUUUCUCGCUCUACUGGAUUCUCAUGAUUCACGACCAUAUGAUGUAUUUCGCAGAUAGCACGCUCGUCCGACGAUACCUCGGCACCAUCGAUGGCAUCCUUGAGCACUUCAAUCUACGACUCGGUGACAAGGACUUAGUCGGUCGCCUUGAGUGGGAUACAUGGCCUUUCGUUGACUGGGCGCAACAAUGGUCGGAUCCGGGCCCAGAACACGAUUUCCGCAACAUGGCCGUUCCUCCUGCAUACAAGAGAACUGGUGUGAUGACUUAUACCAGUUUGAUUUACUCUCUAGCACUGCAACGCGCUGCUCAGCUCUGCGACUUCGUUGGUCGACGAGACACUGGUGCCGAAUACCGUGAGCGUGCUGAUAAGCUGAAUUCUGCUGUUAUGGAGCACUGUUUCCGAGGAGAGUUUAUAGUCGAUGGACCAGACAGCCCUCUUGAGGAGCGCAGCCAGCACUCCCAGGUAUUUGCAGUCCUCUGUGGUGCCUUGAAGGGUGAGGAGGCACGCACAAUUCUGCGCCGUGCAUUGACUGAUCCAAGCUUCGUCCGAUGCUCCUAUGCAAUGUCCUUCUAUGUGUUUGAGGCUGCCCUUGCCGUGGGUAUCUAUGAUGAGUUGCGGAACUCAUUUUUAGAUCCCUGGCGCACUAUGAUUGGACAGAACCUCACUACGUGGGCUGAAUCGGCAGCGAUGCCACGAAGUGAUUGCCACGCCUGGAGCGCUGUCCCUAUUCAUGAUUUUGUUACCAAUAUUGCGGGACUAGCUCCUGUUGAACCUGGCUUCAAACGAAUCAGGCUGAACCCUCGUCGUGAUAUUUGGCCGGAAAUGUCCGGUUCUUUCACUGCGGGUAAAGGCUCAAUAUCAAUUUCUUGGAAUUCUGGAAAACCGAUUGAUGUGGUGACUUCAUUCGAUACGGAUAUUGAGAUCUCUGGCAAGGAUGGAAAGGAAAUUCAUCAAGUUAAGGAAGGUGUGCUGUUUACACUGGAUGUUUGA